AUGACAUCAGACGUGAGAAUAGGAAUUAUUGGCGGUACAGGUCUUUAUGAGCUACGAGGGUUGACAGUUGUUGAAGAGUCAUACCCGGAAACGCCAUGGGGAUAUCCAAGUAGCAAAAUUAAAAUAAUGAAACAUGGUGAAAAUGGAACAAAAAUCGCGUUUCUUCCACGUCACGGAAUCGGACACGCACUUAACCCAUCCGAAGUUCCAUCACGUGCAAACAUUGCCGCCUUGAAGCACCUAGGUGUAAAAGUGAUAGUUGCCUACUCGGCAGUUGGAUCCCUCCAACAAGAAAUAAAACCGUGCGACUUCGUAAUUCCCUCCCAGAUAAUCGACCGCACAAAAGGGAUUCGACCUUCGACAUUUUUUGAAAAUGGCAUAGCGGCACAUGUAAUGUUUGGCGACCCCUUCAAUGCAGAUCUAACAAAUAUUAUAUGUUCUGCAUGUGAAUCGAUCUUUAGCAACAACAAAAUCGACGCCGAUGGUAUUAAUGUAGAACUGCACAUGGAUAAAACUUUGGUUUGUAUGGAGGGACCACAGUUUUCGACGCGUGCAGAGUCGAGGUUGUAUCGUAGCUGGGGAUGUGAUAUUAUUAAUAUGACCGUGUUACCAGAAGCAAAGUUGGCACGUGAGGCUGAAAUUGCGUACCAGAUGAUUUGUAUGGCAACUGAUUAUGAUUCCUGGAAACAGAAUGCUGAGGUGGUGACUGUUGAUUUGGUAAUUAGUAAUUCACGAAAGAAUAUUGAGAAUGCGAAAAAAUUGUUGUCAGCUAUUUUACCAGAAAUUGAGAGUGCAUUGGAUAAAGGGAAAUUUGAUGACAUUUUCGGAACUAUGAAAUCUUCAGAUAUGACUUCUCAAUCCGCGAAGAAUCCAGAAACUGUAAAAAAAUUGGAGUAUAUUUUACCGGGGUAUUUUUAG